AUGGCACCAAAGAAUACCGACCCGGUGCGUGCAGCAGAGAGUAAUCUGGGAUACCUCCUCGGCGUUACCGCGACUUUCCAUGUCAUCGCACUGACCUUUGUUGGAAUGCGCAUGUACGCCCGCUUCGUCGUCGUGAAGGCGUUUGGCAAAGAUGAUGCCCUCAUACUAGCGGCAGCGCAUGGCUUAGGUCGUCACACCGACACUCUCGAGAAGUCAGAUCAUCAAGAGUACCUGAAGUUGACCUUCAUACAAGCUCUUGUAUCCAGUAUUGGGGGUAUGGCCUUCCUCAAAUUGUCUGUCGGGUUCUCACUCCUUCGUUUGGGUGUUCCCACGUUAUACAACAGGAUACUCUGGUCGCUUAUCGCAUUUGUCUGUCUCUACACACUGGUAUCUUGGAGUGAAUGGGCUGCCGUGUGCAAACCUAUCGCCGGCUUCUGGAACAAAGACCUCAAGCCAACCUGCGUGCCUGUGAAAAUCCACAAGAGCUUUGCGCUGAUGAAUACAACGGUGGCCAUGGGCAUCGUCAAGGCCGUUGUCCAGAAUACAAAGAGAGGCGACCCCGAUCAGUCAUUCACGAACGACAUCCAAUUCUGGGGCUUCCUCCAGGUGAACGUCGGUAUCAUAGCCGCAUGUGCGCCAUCGCUCAAGCCCCUCGUCGGUGGCAUUCUUCGCCUCCCCUCGACACAGUAUUCCAACAGCCGAAGUAACUUCGCCUCGGGAUCGAACGGCCAGUCCAACAAAAGUAGAUUGCAAAGCAGGAUACGCGUUAGCACUCGGAUUGAGAGCAAAGGGUGGAUAAGGACAGAUAGCGAUAUCGAGCUGGAUGAACGAGAGUCCUUUGGCAGCCAGGCGCACAUAACGAGCAACAAGGAUGGAGUUCGUCAAUGA